AUGCUUCAUAUUCCCACUCUUUUGACAGAUGUGACCUAUAACUGGCUUACUGUUUCUUUUUCGGCUGGUGGGUUUAAACCAAUUACUCUAAAAUCGGCUUCAACGCAUGCUAGACUCCAGGCAGCCCCCCAAGUUUCCGAAGUUCAGCAAAAUAGCCCUGAAAGGUAUCCGUCCAGUGUUUAUUCGUGCCCUAAAGAAGGUUGUGUUGAAGUUUUUCAAAGAGCAUCUGCCCUAGAACGUCACCUGUCGUUAGAGGCCUGUACCCUCUCUCCAGAAAGGCACACCCUGAUGGAUUUGGCCAAACAUCAAUACGCCGCUCGCCUACAGGAGGGCGUAGGGCUUAUUCCUGCACUGCGAGCAGUACCAAGCUCAGUUGGCAGUUCACAUCAACGUGAGGAGGUCAAGGAAGGGUGGGCGCUGAAACAAGUGAAGAAACCAUACCGUUUCAACCAAAAGCAGAAAACCUACUUGGAGCAAAAGUUCAAUAUCGGCCAGUCCACCGGCAGUAAGAUUGACUCUGCCUUUGUAGCGAAGGAAAUGCGCCGUUCCAGGGGCAAAGACGGGGAAAGGUUAUUCGUUGUUUCUGAAUUCCUGACACCACAGCAAGUGUCCUCCUUUUUCUCGCGACUGGCACUAAAAGUGCGUCAGCAACAGGUUGAGGUCUCGGAAGAGGACGCCUUAGCUGUAGAGGAGCAAAGCAAUUUCGCUACUGCAAAAGAAAAUGUGCUUUCUUCCCUGCAGCUCCGUCAUCCCAUUGUUUUGACCAGUACAACGUAUGCUCUCUGGUCAACAAUAAAUCUGAGUUUC